GAAAAAAAUUAGGUUUUUUCUGUUUCUAUGAUGUGUUUGUGUGUGUGUGUGUGUGCGUGUGUGUAUGUGUAUGUGAAAAAACAACCAGAAAGCACCAUUUAUAAUCCACGUGAUUAUAAUUUUGAUGACGAUGAUAAUAAUAAUAAUAAUUUGGGUCCGAAAAAACUCGAAAAAUUUUUCUGCUAACGGUAUAAGAAACAAGUAGUGAUUUUUUUCCUAGAAAUUUAUUAAAAACCUUAAUUUAUUCGUUAAUAAUCGACAAUUGACAACACUUACAAAGUUGCACAUCAUUGCUCACCCACCCACCCACAAUCAACAUUUUUAUUAUUACAUAUCUAAUUUACGUCUAUGAAAAUAUACGUCUUACGUCUUUGAUUAUAGAAGAAUUUUGAUUCCUCGAAAAGAAUUUCAAAUAAUCAUUGAAUUUAUUUUCAUUUUUUAUUUACAAAUUAUGAAUUUUUUUUAUAAUCACUGAAUAAUUAUCAAUUAUAAAAAUCUUCAAUUAAUCCAUUGACAAAAUGCAACAACAACAACAACAACAACAACAGCCACAACAAUCAAAACAAACAGAAAAUUCGAACGAAACUAUUUCAACUUCAACGGCUACGACGACUAAAUUGUUACGGCAAACGAAAUCACCACGAUCAUCGUCGCGUUCAACAUCACCCUUAAGUCUUCAGAUUACUACAACGGUCGAUUCGGUAAAAUCAAUAAAUCCUAUGAAAAUUGAAUCAACCGAGAAGAAAAGUUCGAAAUAUAAACGGAAAAAUAUCUGUAAUGAUGAUGAUGAUGAUCAAGAUUGUUGUCCAGAUUCAUAUCCGUCAUCUUCUUCAUCAAGAACACCAACACCAUCGACUACACCGACAUCAAGCCGAUCUCCAUCAUUACGACAAUCACCAUCAUCAUUGACGACGACCACAACAACAACAUCAGGACCUUUGUCAUCAAUCGAUGAGAAAAUCAUCACUUCUUCAUCAUCAUCACAAUCUUCGGCUAAAAAGUAUAAUAAUGAAAAUAAAAAUGUACGAAAUCAUUCUCGUAUGAAUCCAAUAUUGGAACAGCAACAAAAUCUUGUACGACCAUUGCAACCAACUCAAGCUGAAUUACCGAUAAAACCAUUAUAUUAUCAGCAAACAAAUGAACAAAAAGAAAAACAACAAAUGACAAUGAUAAUGAUUACCAAUCCUGAUCAACAACAACAAAUUCACAAAGGAUCAGAAGAUCAAAGAAGCGGUCGAUUAGCAGUAGGAGGAAAAGGAAAUCAUCAUCGGGAACAACCGAAUCAUAAGCAUUUGAAUAUUUAUGAACAACAAAAAUUGGCUAAUAACAACAUACAAUUCGAAGUAGAGAAAGCAUUUUUUGGACAAUCAACAUUACAAACACAAGGAUUCAUCACAGCACAACAACAUCAAGCAUAUCAUUAUCAACAAAAUCAUCAUCAUCAUCAUCAAAAUCAAUCGAAAAUUUCAGCCAUUAUUCAACAGCAACAGCCAUAUCAUAAGAAAAUAUCUAAACCAAUGAUAGAAAAACGUCGACGGGAUCGUAUUAAUCGUUCAUUGAGUACAUUAAAACAAUUAAUUAUCGAUUCAAAACGUUAUCCAAUAUCGAAUUAUAAUAAGUCACGUUUCGAAAAAGCCGAUAUUUUAGAAAUAACGGUAAAAUAUCUUGAAUCAUUAGUUUUGGAAGAACGACGUAUAUAUCAACAAGGUUUUGAUGAUUGUAAAAAACAAUUAUCACAAUUUAUAAAUGAACAUUUUAACAAUGAUGAUGAUAAUAAUAGCAAUCGGAAACAACAGAAACGAGAUUCAGAUAAUAAUUCCAAUGAUGAAAAUCCUCAAUCAAUAAAAAUGGUUACCGAUGAUGAUCAACAACAACAAAAUCAAAAUGUUCAUCCAGUAAACAAUGAUGCUAAUGUUACUGAUGAUGAUAAUCAACAACAACAGAAACAAAUAUUCAUGUCAACAUUCAAUAAAAUAAUGGAACAUUUAGAAUUAGUGGGUGAAAAAUUGUUUAAAGAAAAACAAGGAAAAAUAAUGAGCGUUAAUCUUUCAUCAUUAAUUGCCGAAUUAAAUGAAAUUAAAGGUCGUAGUUCAUCCAUUAGUGGUGGCGGUGAUUCCGAUGGUCAUUAUUCGGCCGAUGAACAACAACAAAAUUGUUUCAAUGAUCAUCAUCAUCAUGGUGGCGGUAAUAGUUCUGGUUAUCAAUCUGAUAAUAUAUUUUCAACAUGGAAUACAACAUCGAUAGAAUCAACAUCAUCAAUAAAUCAAAAAUCAUAUGGUGUCAUACAACAUACUAGAAAUUAUUUGGAAAAAAAUAAACAACAAGAAUCAUCAACAUCAUCAUCAUCAUCAAUUAAAGAAGAAAAUCAUUCGAUUUCAUCAUCAUCAUCAUCAACGUUGAACAAUAAUAAAGAUUUGGAUCAACAAUCUAAACAUUUAAUUAAGAAAUUAGAUCAUCUUAGCCUGAUGGAACAACAUCGACAUCGUAGAACUAGUGGUGGUGGUGGUGGUGGUGGUAAUAGUGGUCAUUCAUCAACAAUGGCCACAAAUGAUUACGAACAACAACAACAACAACAAAUAUAUCAUCCGCUUAAAUCUAAAUUACUAUCAUCAUGUGGUUCAUCAUCAUCAUCGAAUUCUCCUUCUUUUUCAUCAUCAACAUGUUCAUCAUCAUCAUCAUCAACAAAAUCUGAAUAUUCACCAAGUUAUUCAACAUUAUUAUUAGCUAAUUCGAAAAUUAUUCAACAUCAACAACAACAAUCACCACAACAGCAACAAAAAUCAUUACGACCAAUUGUUGAUGCAAAUCCAUCACCAUUUUAUACUGAAAUAACAUUAUCACAUCCAAGAACUAAUUUUGUUGGUAAUGAACGUAAUGGAAGUGAAUUACCAAAUUAUGAAGCAAUAUGGCGACCAUGGGGUUGUGGACAUCAAUGAAUCGAAUGAAUCAACGUUUAAUCACAAUCAAUCAAUUGAUCAAAAUUUUGGAUGAUGAUGAUGAUGAUG